AUGCUCACCAAACCUGCACCUACUCUGAUUCGGAGAAAAGGGUCAGCAUUCCAGAAAGGUAUGUUGACCGAUAUUGUCAAUUCAGAGCAUGGCUUAGAUCUCUCCAGUUACCUCCACAAACUUCAAGCCCAGGCCCGAAGGGCAAAUGCGCAAUCCCGAGAACCACCUACCGGCCCGGCCGAUAAUGUCUCGAAGCACGUGGAUUUAGUGGCAUUCACCGGAACCGACAACUGGAUAUCGGGCGGACAAGGGCAGUAUUACUACAUGGGGAACUCGUCCUCCACGUACAUUGCAAACAGACUAAACCCGACCACGGAGACCCUGACAUGGCAUAUGUACCCUCACUAUGACGAUGCAUCGUGGCUGAGACGUCCCGUCACCGCAGAGCUAUCGCAGUUGCCUCCGUUCGAGUUCGCAAAGCGGUUGUACUCUGCACAGCAUGCAUACAUCGGCACAAUAUUCUCCUUUCUAAGUGAUGGGGAGUUCGAUCAGCGAUUGAAGCGCGUGUAUUCUCGUGCGCCAGAUCUUACCAACCAGGAAGAAUGCCUCAUCUGCUGUCAAAUGCUGCUGGUAUUCGCCUUGGGCCAAAUGUAUUCUGUCAACCAGUGGACAGGAAAUGAUGGCCCUCCCGGCUUUGCCUAUUUCAAACACGCGUUGAAGUUUCUACCCGAUGUGCAUGAGGAUAGUUCCAUUUUGUUUGUCGAAGUACUAAGCUAUGUAGCAUAUUAUAUGCAGACGCUCAAUCGCAGGGACGCCGCCUACCUCUAUCUCGGAAUUGCAAUGCGGAUGGCGAUCUCACUUGGACUACAUCAAGAAGUCACAGAUCAGGAACUCGAUCCUUUCGAAAGAGAGCGCAGACGUCGAGUAUGGUGGUCGACCUACAGUCUCGACAGACUCCUCAGCGUGACAUCAGGGCACCCCAUUUCAAUUCAGGAUGAUGAUAUCGAAGUUUUGCCUCCAAGUGCAACCGAGGGUGAGGGUCUUCGCUUGCCAGCAAUCCUCAGAUCGUACACUUCGCUGUCGAGAAUCCUGGGCAGAAUCGGCGAGGAGAUCUACAGGAGGAAACAGAAGUCGGGAAACAGUCUGGCUGCCUCGGUUCAAAAUAUCAUGAACAGUUUGUCGGAGUGGUUCAGGCAGCUGCCAGUCGAAGCAAGAACCAAGCCUUCUGACCUAACUAAAGAGUUCAAGCGCGAGGCCGUCUCGCUAUAUCUUUACUACUACCAAUGCAUCAACAUGACCGCACGGCCAUUGUUGCUUUAUGCAGUCCGAAGGCAGAUGGCUGCCAACACUCAACGGCCCAAUACAGCACGAUGGGAAGAUGGGCUGCCAGCAGACAUGGUGAGCGUGAUCCACGCCGCUAUCGCAGCUGCGAGGUCUAGUACUUCGAUUCUGAAGGAUGCUACACAGUACAAUCUCGUUGCGACCUAUGGUUUCAUUGAUGGAGAACAAGCUUUCUCAGCGGCGCUGCUGCUUGUUAUGGUAAAUAUUGCAUUUCCUUACAAAGAAAUGGAUGCAUAUGCCAUGGAUACGUCGCUACAAGUACUGCAAGGCAUGGCGGAAGGGGGAAACCGCUAUAUCCGCGCAUGUCACGCGUUACUUACCAAGAUCAGGGAAACUAUAAAGCCAAGAAUCACGGCCAGCAACACGAGGAGUUCAUCAGAGGAGCCUGAAGUGGGUGAUGCGAUCACUCAACACCCGUUACAGGCUCACUACCAGCCGCUCCAAGAUGUGUCACUCUCAGACUGUAUGAUUGCCGCUAUGCCAAACCCUCAGGAUCCAGAUUGGCCAGUAGACGUGGGAGAUGAUAUGGAGUUGUGGACGGAGGUUCUAGACUCGAUCGGCAUUGAUAUGGACAGACACUGGAUUGAAACCGCGCUCAUGGCUGAGGAGAGCCAGUCUGCGGAUAGUAAUUAG